CGUUGACUGUCUGGUUUCGACAGAUAAACUCUGCCUGUAAUUAACAGAAAUGUUAUUCUGCUUUGCACAGGAAGAAGAUGCGGGAUGGAAAAUGUCCCCGAGCCUUUUCCUUCAUGGGAUGGAGGAAGGAAAUAACUUGUACAAAGAUAUCUGGAAGAACAAAGAUGAAUCUUGGAAUUUCCCCCAGGACUAUGAUCCAGAACUGAUCAAAGAGGAGAAACGGAAAGAAUUAGAGUCAGAGAUCAGGGUACAGGUUGAUGAACUGAUGAGGCAGGAACUAAAAAAUUUAAAACUUGCUGUGGACAGAGAGAAGGAAUUACCAGUCAAAGGAGGAAAGAAGAGAGGAGGUAAAAAGAGAAAGAAAGGGAAGAAAGGCAAAAAAGGGAAAAGGGGGAAGAAGGUUAAAGAUCUGACCGCCAACAGGAGCAUCGAAUCCCUGUACAAGGAACUAGUGGAGGAAGGGCUGCUGAUACAGGCGCUGAAAGUCAACCUUUCUGAUUACAUCGGUGAGUACAGCUACCUGGGGACAACUCUCCGCCAGGUGUCCAUAGAGCCCAUGCCUUCCCUCCUGGAUGUCAGGCAGCUCAUCACACUGUAUGGAAUCUUACCGUUAGGUUCCCCGACAGUGCAUGAGAAAGCUCCUUUGGUGAAGUCCCUGCUGCUGGCCGGGCCCUCUGGGGUUGGGAAGAAAAUGCUGGUCCAUGCCAUCUGCACCGAGACCGGAGCCAACCUUUUCAACCUGUCUGCGUCCAACAUCGCUGGGAAGUACCCCGGCCGGAGCGGCCUCCAGAUGAUGCUGCAUGUCGUCUUCAAGGUGGCUCGGCAGCUCCAGCCGUCUGUGGUGUGGAUUGGGGAAACAGAAAAAACCUUCUACAAAAAAGUGCCCAGCAAUGAAAAGAAGAUGGAACCUAAACGCCUGAAAAAACAGCUCCCCAGAAUCCUGAAACUCCUGAAACCGGACGAUCGGGUCCUGAUCGUGGGGACAACGCAGCGGCCUUUUGAUGCAGAGCUUCAAUCUUUUUGCAAAGUUUACCAAAAAAUUAUUUUGGUUCCUAGACCAGACUAUGCCUCCAGAUACGUCUUGUGGAAACAAAUCAUCCAGCGAAACGGAGGAGUCGUGACGAAUGCUUUGAACAUAAGUUGCCUUGCAAAGGUGACCGAUGGCUUCACCCAGGGACACAUCGUCCAGGUGGUCAGAGGCGUGCUCACAGACCGAAGAAUCCGGCAGCAGAUACACAAGCCUCUGAGAGCAGUCGAGUUCAUUUCGGCCAUAGCCAGCAUGGAUCCCGUGUACCAAGAGGAAGAGGACAGCUUUAAGGACUGGUAUGCCAAAACUCCUCUGGGUAGAAAGCGAGCUUUGGCCCUGACAGGAGGUGAAGCAGAAAAAGAAAAGGAUAAAGGAAAAAAGAAGGAGAAAAAGAAAAAGUAACGCCUUCCUGGAGAACCAUCCUUGAGUCUCUCUCACGGAGGGAGACAGCCCCAACUCUCCAGAGGGAGAUUCACUGUCCAACGUCUGCAGAAAUGAGCAGCGUCCAGCUGACUCCAGGAGCUCGUUAGCCUCUGCAUACGCUCAAUUGUACCCUUAGCAGGCUGGAUACUAGGCUGGUUGCCCAUGACAGCUGUUUCUAGAGCUUAUAAUUGUUUCUUAGCUUACGUAAAGUUUGUAUAUAACCCACAUUCACUCUUCACACACUCGACAAUCUUUCUGAGUUAGACACUUCAUCUCAUCAGCACUAAUUGCCAGAUUUAAAAUUCAAUGGUUAGAAAACGUUUUAAUUUGACAACUUAGUAAGUAACUUGAGUACAUCAUAGCUACACUCACUAGCUUUUUAUUAAU